AUGUGGCAAAUAUCGUUACGUAAGUUAUUGUCACCGUCGAGAGAUAGUCAUUAUUGAGUUAGCAUAAUCGUUCAAUCUACAAGGAACUAUCUCUGACUAUUGAUAACGAAAAGCUAUAUAUAGUAUCGCAGCUAAUUGCACGGCAGAUUUGAGAAGUUGCUCCAAUCGAGUAUCAUCGAGGACGUUCAACAUGCGUGGCUACUUUCUUCUAUUAGUCUGUCUGUCGCUGAUUGCUUCCUCAUGGGGUCGUAACUUGAUUCUUGGCAGACGUACCCCUAACGACAUCCUCAUCGAGGAUCGAAUCAUUUUCAAGCCGCCAGUGCCAGGUGUUAAACAUACAGUGAAGAUUAACGCAACUGCACCAGCCGGCUAUGAGAUCUCUUCUGUUAGAGUGAUCGGUCUGAAUCCGAGAGUAGUAAACGUCAUCCUUGAGAAAGGUUACCUUGGACAACGAUCCAUUGUCCUAGUGGUUGUUGCUAGGUCAGGUUGGACUCUUCUGACGAAAGUCUUGGUAUUCGCUGUUCCUACGUUUGUCGAACCAACUACCGUCACAUCACCUACUCCCAGUGAACCAGCACCUACUCCCAGUGAACCAGCAUCUAGUCCGAGUGAACCAGCACCUACUCCCAGUGAACCAGCAUCUAGUUCCAGUGAACCAGCACCUACUCCCAGUGAACCAGCACCUACUCCCAGUGAACCAGCACCUAGUCCCAGUGAACCAGCAUCUAGUCCCAGUGAACCAGCACCUACUCCC